AUGCUGUGCCGCGUCUCCUGCUCUGCCUGCCUCGAUCAUGCUUUGCAGGGCCUUGAUCUGCUGUGGCACAAGGCACGGAGCAUGAAUCGUGAAGCCAUCGAUGUAAUGGUGCGGCCCGAUGCUGGCGGUUUACGUGCAUGUACCUCGCCUGUAUACACGGGAGACCUUUUGGGCGCUCCAGCUGUUGGUGCCACAGCUAUUUGCCAAGAGGAACGCUACCGGGACAAGACUCCUCCAUCCGCCGCCGUCGAUUUGGGACAGCACCUGGGCAUGGACGCUACAGAGGAGGUGCAGGUGAGCAUCGCUUUCUUCGAUCCUUCGGAUAUCAAGAUGAACCAAGGGCUACACGAUCCCUCGUCCUUCCAUCCUCGCUCCGUCGCUCAACACCUCGCCUGGCCCACAAUCCAGACGUCCAGCCAGGGGGGCCGCUCCUUUCCCCGGACGCCAACCACAGGACUAGCCCUAUCCAACGAAGCGCUCCGUGCCGUGAUGCUGGUUCUGCUGGCACUCUCUGCGGUCUUUGCUAUUUGGGGCCAAGUUCAAUGGGCGGCUGCUGCUGCUGCUGCUGCUGCUGCUGCUGCUAGACUACGGGCACUACCACCUGCUGGCUGGUAUGCGUCUGAGCAUCCAUGCGGCGGCCCAGAUUGCAUUAAUCUUGGCCCAAGUUGCAACGCCGACGCCGUGCAACCCCUCGCAGGGGGAUGGCCAACACCGGGUACGAAAGACGAAUCAUCACAAGCUCAAAGCUUGUCAGGCCAUGAGGUGACGUACAUGCAAAUCAUGCAAACCUCAUACCUGUGGCCGCUCUAG